UUGAAACUCCAUGCAAAGAAUAUACGUAAGCGUGUGAUGUGGAGUUGAAUGCUUCCACUAGCCAUUGCGGCCAAAUCAGCGAUAUUCUAAAGAGACUCUACAGUAGUACUUCACACUCAGGAACUCAAUGUGGCCAACGGUUUGCACCUGGAGUAACUGCACUCGGAUUGUCCCCUUCAUUGUCAGAUUACCUCCCCUUGUCUCUGCCAGGCCAAGUAGGGCAAUACGACAGCUAUCAGCAAUGGCUACAGAGUACAGCACCCUUGCUCAGCCCAAGCCAAUGGUAGGAGUGUGCCAGUUCACUGCCAGAGCAGAUAAAGAGGAGAAUUUCAAAACAUGUGUUUCAUUGAUCAAGAGAGCCAAAGCUAAAGGUGCACAGAUGGUGUUCCUGCCAGAGGCGUGUGAUUUCAUUGGCGAGUCACGUGACCAGUCGAUGAAGAUGGCAGAGCCCCUGGAUGGUGACCUAAUGUCCAGAUACAGACAGAUGGCUGUCGAUACCCAAGUGUGGCUGUCUAUUGGGGGAUUCCAUCAGCAGGGUCCUAACAAUGAGAACCGUGUGCGGAACACCCAUGUCGUUAUAUCAAGUGAUGGACAAAUAAAGGCCACCUACGACAAGAGUCAUCUGUUUGACCUUGACAUCAAGGACAAAGUGCGUCUAUGUGAGAGCGACUAUACGGUGCCAGGCAGCGAGAUCGUGCCGCCAGUCGACACACCCGUAGGACGACUAGGACUGGCUACUUGUUAUGACCUGCGGUUCCCUGAGAUGUCUAUAGCCUUGACCCAGCAGGGGUCUCAGAUCUUGUCCUACCCCUCCGCCUUCACACAGACCACAGGCAUGGCGCACUGGGAGGUGUUGUUGAGAAGCCGUGCAAUUGAGAACCAGUGCUACGUGGUUGCCGCUGCCCAGACUGGCAGACACAAUGCCAAGAGGACAUCAUAUGGUCAUGCUAUGAUAGUAGACCCGUGGGGCCAGGUCGUCAGUGCGUGCAGUGAUGGAGUGGACGUCUGUGUGGCGGAGGUAGACACGGACUAUGUGGACAAAGUGAGGGAGCAGAUGCCGGUGUGGCAACACCGUCGACACGACCUGUAUGGGCAUAUACACACAGCAGCCAAAUGCAAAGCUGAUGACAGUCCAGAGUACGAAUUUGGCCAGUACAGCAUCAAGUCUGGCAAUGUAUUUUACAGAUCAGCUCUGUCAUACGGGUUUGUGAACAUCAAGCCACUUCUGCCAGGCCAUGUGCUGGUAUCACCGUUGAGACCUGCAGAGAGAUUCUCAGACCUGACGGCUCCCGAGGUGGCCGACCUUUUCUCUGCUGUACAGGCCAUCACACGGGUCAUUGAGAAACACUACAAAGCCACGUCAGCCACAGUCGCCAUUCAAGAUGGCCCUGAAGCAGGUCAAACGGUCAAGCAUGUGCAUGUGCAUAUUCUGCCCCGGAAGAAGGGAGACUUUGAGAAGAAUGACGACAUCUACAGCAAGUUGGAGGAGCAUGACCAAGAAAUUGGCUCCGACAGAACACUUAGGACAGAGGAGGAGAUGGCAGCAGAGGCACUCACUCUCCGACCAUACUUCACAUAGUGUUGACAGACCCUCCAGGUCUCCCUCCUUGCGCCUCCUUCAC